CGACUGAGUCUCACGCGCGCACGCAACGACGAGAGGAGACGGAAGGGCCGGGGGGGAGGAGAGAGACGCUUGCGGAGUUGAGCCGAGGAGUCUUUGGGGGAGGGGGGGGGUUUGUGUGUGCGUCGGUCACAGAGACGGGGACCGCAGCUGCCGUUGACAUUUUUUCGAAUCGGCAUAUCUGAGUCUUCACUAACGAGGAGGGAAGAUGCGCGACACACCGAGGAGUCCGGACGACUGCCACAGCCGCGACAGCGGCAUGGGGCUGUCCCCUCGCGCUGGGACCCCCGCGUCGCCCUGCUACGGCAACGGUGGCGGGCCGAGCUCCCCGCCCGAGAGCUCGUGCUCUGCUCGGCAGACCGGUGGUGAGAGCCAGCGAGUCUACCAAGGCGUGCGCGUGCGCUGCACGGUCCGCACCCUGCUGGAGCGGCAGAGGAACGGCCAGGCGACGGGCCAGACCCAGGUGCAAGGAAGCCUGAGUACUUGCAUGGAAGACCAAAGAUACAUCCCCAACAAGCGCAGGGGGAGUGGCAACACGCCCGUGCCCUCCAAGCGAGCGUGUCCAUCCCAGCCGCCCAAACAGGAGUCGGAUUCCGCCUUCGAGAUGCCGGAGAUGUUCCAGGAAAACUCCUCAGAGUACCAAAGCGACGACCUGCAGGAAAUCCUCGAUAACAUCCUCGAGAUAGAGGAGCGGGACAUGUUCAAAUCCUCUUCUCCCCAGCCAGAGGUGGGGACGAUCACCCACAACCCGUACAACACACCGGAGGUAUUCCUGCAUUUGGAGGAUUGCUGGCCGGACAAGAAGUUCUCGCCGACGGAGCCGAAGCCGCAAGAGUGGCCUUAUGCCGAGCUCGACGUGGGGAAGGUUCCCAAGGUGGACAACAAAUGGGCGUACAUCUCCGAUCGCGAGCCUCAGCAGCAGCAGCAGCAGCAGCAGGCCGCCCCCCUGUGCGGCAGGCCGGGCGAGCAGCCGAGGCACCAACCUCCUGCUCCCCCUGCUCCACCUGCUGCUCCCGCUCCUCCCGCUCCUCAUCUGGCGCCCAACGUGAGCAGCACUUGCUCCCAGGGCGGCGGCUCGUCGUUCCUGGACAGGCAGAUCCAGCAGAUGGAGCAGAAACUGGCGCACGUGACGACGCAGCAGCUGUGCCAGAAGGACGUGGACGGCGACACGUUGCUGCACAUCGCGGUGGUUCACGGGCAGCGGGCCCUGGCGUUCGUGCUGGCGCGGAAGAUGGCGAGUCACGGGUACCUGGACGAGCGUGAACACAAUGGCCUGUCGGCAUUGCACCUGGCGACCGUGACCAAUCAGCCUCUGAUCGUGGGUGACCUCAUGAGGCUGGGAGCUGAGAACGGCACCACCGACCGUUGGGGCCGGUCCCUGAUCCACGUCUGUGCCGAGGGUGGGUUCCUGCAGGUGCUGGAGGUUCUAAAGAGGUGGUGCAAGCAGAGGGGAAAGGUCUUGGAUGUCGACGUUACGAAUUUCGAAGGCCUCACGCCGCUGCACUGCGCGGUGAUGGCGCACGGCCAGACGGCGCGGGAGCUGCAGGCGAUGCUCGAGCGCCCCCAGAAUGCCUCUGGGGCGGCGGAGCUGGUGCGGCUGCAGCAGCGCAAGCAGCACCUCCUGGGCACCGUCGCCAUGCUGCUGGGCAUGGGCGCCUCGCUCCACGCUCAGGAUGGGAAGAGUGGCAGGUCGGUGAUACACUUAGCUGUGCAGGACUCCAAUCUCGAGUUGCUUGACUUCCUGCUCCGUCUCCCAACGUGCAGUCCACAGCUGAUCAACAUGAAGGCUUACAACGGGAACACGGCGCUGCACGUGGCGGCCGGGAUGGGCAACGGCGGUGCCUGCGGUGGCGGCGAGCAGGAGAACGUGAUCCUGGCGCUGAUGCACUACGGCGCCGACCCCAGCGUGCGCAACCUGGAGAACGAGCAGCCGCUCCACCUGGUGUACCAGGGCAGCGCGAGCGCCGAAUUGGUGAAACAGAUCCUAAGAGGGAGGGCUGGUGUGGCACAGCGAGCAAGGGCUCCUGCUCAGGCCAUCCUGGGCAGGCAGUGACUUUGGUUCGCAUGGCGUCACCCUGGUCAGAAAAUCACUGUCAUGUGACAGUCGGGUUUCCUUCAAUGUUUUCAAUUUAGCGACUUAAGGUGUCUGGGUUUGGCUCCUAGGCCGCCGAGCACGAAGGCUCGCAAACGCACCGCCUUAUUUAGGGCCUUCCAACGUCUGCAACGUGAAAUGCCAAAACCAAUAAUCGCGAUGUCUCAAUUAUCUCCGAGAUCCCAAAAAGCGAACUGCGAUGAAUGGGACAUUAUCCAGCCAAAUGUUUUGUUCGUCGGUUAAAAAAAGCCGAGCAUCUUGCCACCACGAGCAACUUCUGACAGCAAUUUAUCUACGUGCUUAUUUUCGCUAAACAAACGGCCUUGCACCAUAGAUGCAAAUUGGUCGCGAAGCGAGAAGCGGCUUAUCAUGGCUGCUGAAAACCGUCAACAUAUGCCCUCUUUAAACACCAAUUUGGUUUUUGUCGCAUUAUUUGUUUUUUGGCCGGGUGGAGGUUUUGGGGGGUGUGGCAACCACUCCGAAAAUGCCCCCCCCCCCCCAAAACCCUCCACCAGUCCACGUUCGAGACUUGGAAGGUAUUUGUCUGCGUGUGCGAGACGGUGCUUGUGAGCUGUCGUGGCUUGGGCCACAAGGAACUUUUCCCAGGGACUGUUGCGAAGUACUCAUGGUUUCUAUGAAACUCCACGUGUUGGUCGCGUUACGCGGCCACCUGUAUAGUUAUACGAUAAGGCGCUCCCCCUUAUGUAACCACUUUCGUUUCUCUUACUGUCAUUUUUACGCGCGAUUUUUGUUUUUGUUGUUGUUAAAGCGUAGAUCAUGUCGGAGAAAGUUUAACUUAUCUGGUAGGCGUGGGCAUUGACUUCCCCUUUUGAGAGAGAGAGAGAGAGGCAUUUAAUGCUUUGUAGCCCAGAGCUUCAUCGUCACCCACGCCUCCGCGCAUUCAUGACCAAGUGCGAAGGUGGGGACAGACUAAAUCUCAAUAGAGAUCCGGUUAGAAGGGUUAUUAUGGUUAAUGCUCAGCAAUUAUAAAUUAUAUUUUUCGUUAUAUUUUUUUUAUAACGUACAAUCAUUGCGAGCCCAUUGACGUAAUGGCUAUUACGUAGCUUAAAACGUAGAUAUAAUUCAGAUCUAUUCCCCAGCACAGUCAUUAUUAUGGCCCACGUUUGGCUGCCUAUUGCAAUAGCGAUGAGAGAAUUAUGAGUGAGUUUGGUCAAUGAGACAGACAAUUCGUGUGUGCUUAUUUAUUUUAAUUAUUUUGUUCUUACAGAUGAGUUAAACUUGGCUCUGCAACAAAGUUAAUAAGUUUAGCAUACAUUAUAUUUAAUAUUUUCUAACCGUCGAGUUACAUAUUUAAAUCUAUUUUUUCACCUUUGAUUAUAAUUUAUGACACAACAUUUGUGUGUUUUUAUACAUCCUGAUUAUUGCUUAUGUUUACGAAGAUUUUCAACGUUAAUAUAAUUAAGGUUAAUGAUUAUUUUUCUUUACAAUGGUACGAAUAGGCAAUAAAUUGAACAUUUUACUCUUUACGUUGAAGGUAGCAUGUUUAACGUUUAAGUAGGAUUCAAAUUUAGUGCAUCCGCAGUUGUUUUAAAGUCCACUGAUAUUAAAAUAAUAAAAAAUUGUUAUUCGUGUUUGACAAACCAUGAUUUUAGCACUGCUGGAUAAAGGUCUGUCUCCAUACUCUCGGUCACGGGUGGUCUCUUGACCAUACUUCACCACGCCGGUCAGUGCAGAUUGCUGGAGGGCCGGGGAUUGGGGCCCCCCAGAAUCGGUUCAGACAUCACACACCACAGGACGUUAUCCAUGAGCGGGAAUCUAACUUGGGUUGCCGGGUUCAUGGCGCAGUGCGGGAGCCGGUUCACUGCGUCACCGCUAAAUCCAAGAUUGUCAUUCGAAUAAAUGUUUAACAGUGUGCCAUCACAGCCCACGAGUAUUUUAUGGGAUUUACUGUGUAGGGUACAUUAAUAUAUACGCGUAAUGCGCGCGUAGUAGCAUGGUUUUCACGGUCGCGUGAAUCAUUUUAACGUCUUCAAAUUAAUACCUGCAGGGGGAUUUCUUUGACGGAAUUUUGUACGUCUUCGUUGCUUAACACACGUUUUAUAAAUCGUGAAGGCAAAACUGUUCAUCUUUAUUCGAGAGAGAGAUAUAUAUUAAUAUAAAUGUUCUGUAUACGGGUAGUAAUCAUGUUUUUUAAAUACUCUAUCGUUAUCGCUUCCUGUGUAGUCGUAAAUGUGAAAGGCAUGCGUACGCGUCGCGUGGACGAUCUAACUACGGUAACUAUGAACUCAACUAUAAUUUUACCGGCUACAGCCCGCUGAGCUAUGUAGCUCUCUUUCAGAAGCAACCUGGCCACAAAUGACAGCUCAACGAAGUGGCUUAUCGCGUGGAAAUGUAUCGCAGCCAAAUAAUCAAAAACGCGUGCUCAUAAAUGUGGAGGGGAAGAACGGGAGUCCCACACGACCACGGGGAGAACACGAAAACUCCAAUCAUGCAACAGGCGUCAGGGUCGGGAUCGAACGCACGACCUCCCGCGUACAAGGCGAGGGAGAUAACAUCUGCUCGCCACAGCGGCGCCCCAUAUAUUGACGAGAUGGGCACGUGGUUUCCGCUGCAUCUCCGUCGUUCGAUCGCCGCUACCGUGCGACGCUCCCGGGCGUCGUUUUUUGUUGCACUUCAACAAUAAAAACAUCAGUUUUCACGCCAGUCAGUCGGUCGGUCGGUCGGUCGGUCGCCGCGUUUGUGCGAGGGUUUGUCCGGUGACGAUUCGUGACGAUUCGUGACGAGUCGACGGGUAUAGUUUUCAUUGUCGAUUGUGUUAUCCUUCAUGCAUGCAAAAAAAAACGAAUAAAAGACUUCACGUCGUUAAAGGCA